CACUAACGCCGCUGGCCAGGCCGGCAGAAGGUGCAGGCGCUGGGUCCGGGCUGACUAAGGAGCCACACGUGAUUGGGCCGUCCGGAACCUUGGAGCUUCCCAAGAUUCCCGUUCCACCCAGUUAGACCAGCGAGUCGACGACAGGCCGUUCGGGAAUCACGUAGCGCAGCAAGCAAAACCGCCCUCUUCACCAGCAUCGCCCGCCCUUCCCCCCGCGCCCACCAUGGCCAUCACACCGACCCAAUUCGCAAAGACGACCCGGCAGUCGGCCAACUGGAACGACGCAAAGAGACGGGUUCUCGCUUCCUACAGAGAAUGGAUCCGAGCUGCGCCUGAGAUCCAGACGAUGUACAACGUCCCCCUGCCCGUGUCCGUCCUCCGCACCCGGAUACGUGAGGAGUUUGAGCGCCACAGGUUCGCCAACAAGCUCCCCGUGGUGGACGUUCUCUUGUUCAAGAGCCACGCCGAAUACCAGGAGACGAUGAACUUCUGGAAGCAGACGACGCACAUCAUGUCCUACUUCAAGGAGGAGAACUUUAGAGGAGACAAGCGGUUGCCCAACAGCUUCAUGACCGGAUUCUUGGAGGGCCGCAACUAAGAGCGCUGGAGGGUUAGAGCUCGUGUACAUAAGAUAUACAAUUUCAAAAACAUUUCCGCAAACAAAGCCACGAGAAAUAACGACUAAUUCGUUGGUCUUACUUCAUUUGUUUUGUCUACGCCAUUGGUUCUAUUUUGGUGUCUCCAUUCCCAUAUAAAACAAAAACAAGAACGCCUUUUUUUCCAUCUUCCAAAGAAUCACUGUCGCUAUGAACGACCAAACUCCUCCUUGGCGCGGAUAAACUCCUCGGCGACAGUGUCGCUGAGGGCCUGAAGGUCCUUGAGACCCUUUUGCAGAGCCGCGACGGCGGUACCGUCUGAGU